AUGAGACUGGGUGCUGCUCAGUCAUGGCUCCUGUUCCUGGCCUGCUGGAUGUUCCCUCCCGGCUUGGCUGGGGAGAAGUCCUUGAGUCUACUUGGGGGUGGAAACCAUUGUGAGGGCCUCCUGCAGGUGCAGUACAGUGAGUCUCAGGGCCCUGUGUGUGGGGACCACUGGGGUCUGGAGGAGGGUUCUGUGAUCUGCGCACAACUGGGCUGUGGUCCCGUGAUAUCUACCUCCCAAUAUGUUCUGAGGCCCGAGGAGAUGGGGCCGCUCUGGCUCUAUGGUACCCAGUGCCAGGGUGAAGAGGCUUCGCUAUGGCAGUGCUCCCUGGGGGACUGGAGGGCCAUCAGUGGUUGCAACUGCCAGUGUGUGGUGGUUAUUAUCUGCUCAGGUGGUACCUCAAGACCAAUUAGGCUGGCUGCCGGAGGCAGCCCCUGUGCUGGGAUCCCUGAGUUGACAAAUCCUGACAACUCAACCAUGAGGUGUGACCUGCAGAAGGAGGAGGUGAGCGUCUUGUGCAGGCAGCUGGAGUGUGGCUCCGCUUUGCAGUGGUCCAGAGCCCACCCCCAAGGGCGCCCUGGUAGCCCUGAGCAGAGAGUCGUGACCUGUCAGGGAACAGAACCCAGCCUUUUGCAUUGCAAGACCAACUUGAAUUUUCUAGAUCAGUGUGACCUGCCAGCCUACGCUGAGGUGGUGUGCACAGGACACGUGGAGGCUCGGCUUGUUGGCAGUGAGGACCUCUGUGCUGGGCGCCUGGAGAUUCAGCGGGGCUUGACCUGGGGCACAGUCUGUGACAGAGACCUGGACCUGCCCACCGCCCACGUGGUGUGCCGGGAGCUACAUUGUGGAACGGCUGUGUCUGUACUGGGAGGUGCCCACUUCGGCCAGGGCUCAGGGCCCGUGUGGACAGAAGCCUUUCGCUGCGCAGGCAAUGAAUUGCUGCUGUUCCACUGCCCGGGGGAACCUGGGAGUCAGUGCACACAUGACCAGGAUGCUGGGCUCAGGUGCUCAGGGGAAAGGUUCCGGCUAGUCGAUGGCAGCAGCCCUUGUGAGGGCCGUGUGGAGCUCCAGGUGCAGGGAGUCUGGGCACCCCUCUGUGCCACCCACUGGGGCUUGGUAGAUGCCACUGUCCUGUGCCAUCAGCUCAACUGUGGGAAUGUAGUGGCCACACCACGAGGAGGACGUUAUGGGUACGGGGAUGCUCCCAUCUGGCCAGAUGUGUUUCACUGUGUGGGAACAGAACCCCAUUUGUUGAGCUGCCCAUCCAGCACCCUGGGGGCGAAGCCCUGUGCCCAGGGAAAUUCUGCGUCUGCCUCUUGCUCAGGUCUCCCUGGAGCCCUUAGACUGAGGGAUGGGCAGAGUCGCUGUGAUGGUCGUGUGGAGGUCUCUCUGGAUGGAGUGUGGGGCCGUGUCCUAGAUGAUGCCUGGGACCUGCGUGAUGCCAGUGUCGUGUGCCGGCAGCUGGGGUGUGGAGAGGCCCAGCGAGCCUAUGACACAACGGCUCCUGGCCUUGGAGCUGUCCCGGUGGGGCUGAGCCAGGUGCACUGCAUGGGCGCAGAGUCCCGCCUGACCCAGUGUGAUGUAUCAGUGUCCUUGCUGGUGCCUGCGGGGUCUUCACGGGACGUGGGUGUCGUGUGCACUGGGAGCCUUCGGGUGCGGCUGGCUGGGGGCCCUGGCCGCUGUGCAGGGCGUGUGGAGGUGCUGCAGCAAGGCACCUGGGGCACAGUGUGUGACGACGCCUGGGACCUGCAGGACGCUCACGUGGUCUGUGAGCAGCUGGGCUGUGGCCGUGCCCUCAGUGCCCCAGGGGCUGCCCACUUCGGUUCAGGAUCUGGGCCCAUCUGGAUGGAUGAGUUGGGCUGCCUGGGCAACGAGUCUGCACUGUGGCAUUGUCCAUCACCAGGUUGGGGCCAACAUGACUGUGGCCACAAAGAGGAUGCCGGGGUCUUCUGCUCAGAAUUCACAGAUCUCAGGUUGCAGAAUUAUGGACAGCCAUGUGCAGGGCGGCUGGAAGUUUUCUACAAUGGCACUUGGGGUGGAGUCUGUCAAACCCUGAGUGCCACCUCCUUGGGCAUCCUGUGUGGGCAGCUGGACUGUGGGCCCCAAGGGCAGCUGCUGGCCAGGCCAGAGAGUCAGCCUUCCCCUGAGAUUUUCUGGCUGGCCUCCAUUCAGUGCAGGCCCAGGCAUGACAGGUUCCUGUGGCAGUGCCCCUCAGCCCCCUGGGACAAGCAUUCCUGCUCCCGCCAGGAGGAGGCCUGGAUCCUGUGUGCAGAGAAGGCAGAAAUUCCUGAGGACCAUGACCAGACUUCCAACUGCUCAUCCACGCUCAGCUGCCCAGAGGAGGCCACACUGCGGGUGAGUGGCGGCGAGGACGAGUGCUCAGGGCGUGUGGAGCUUUGGCACUCAGGCUCCUGGGGCACGGUGUGUGAUGACUCCUGGGACCUGGCCGAUGCUGAUGUUGUGUGCCGACAGCUGGGCUGUGGCCAGGCCACACAUGCCGUGAAGGAGGCUGCAUUUGGUCCUGGCUCAGGGCCUGUGUGGCUGGACGAAGUUGGGUGCCGUGGCAGUGAGGCAUCACUGUUAGACUGCUUGGCCGAGUCUUGGGGGCACAGUGACUGUACACACAAGGAGGACGCAGGUGUGCGCUGCUCUGGUGAGCCUGUGAUUUGGAGGCUCAGGGCCACUGCCUCUAAAUCCCCUUCUUUGGCCCCUCCACCUGUUGCUGAGCCCUGGACUCUACCUGAGACCACCUGCCUGAUUCUUGGCUGCCUGCUGGGCCUUGUCUUCCUUGUUCUGGUUGUUCAACGUUGCUACAGCAAAGCUGCCUACAUGGCAUCUGGACUCUCUGAGCCCCUGCCCUCUGAAGGUGUCUAUGAGGAUAUCGAACCUGUGCCUGUGGAGGAGAAAGAGGGGCCUUCAGUGUCUGGGGACCCAGCGUUGGAGGAUUAUGAUGACAUAGAAGAGCCCCAGGAAGGCCAUGGGGAGGAAGCAGAGGAAGCAGAGGUGUCCAGAGUCCUGCUCACUCCCAUGGGUGUGCAUCUCUGUGCUGUUGGGUUCAUUGUGCUCUUUUUGCUCUACUGCUUCUACUCAGAGAGCUCUAUCCCCAUUGAUGCCUACAUUUAA